AGAUAUUAUUUUGUUAUGUUUUUGUUGGCAGAUUCUGCUGUGGUGAUGAGUCCAGUGGGCGUGUAUGCUCAGAGACCAGACUCUCUACCAGUUCUGCACAGUCCUGGAGGUGUCUCACUUAACAGUGAGCCAGACAGCACAACUUAUAGCACUCAGAAUAUUGCUCCCAGGUUCAAAAACAAAAUAAGGGCAAUGCAAGGGCGGCCUUACGAUCCACCCAUGAUUCAGCAGCCUGAAGUGUCCAGCACUACCAACAUACCAGUACCGACACACUACAUCCCUCCUGCCUCUGCUCCAGCUCCAGCUACUGCGGUAUACUACCACCCUGUGGAGUGUGAGCCCUACUGUCCACCUAAUUAUGUGGAGUAUACUGUAUAUGACCCCACCGUUUUCUACCCUCCACCACCCUCUCUUCCUCCCACUACUCAUUACAUUCACCCUGACACUCUCUUCUACCAGCACAUUGUCCCCGCUCCGCUACCAACAGUUGUCUAGUCUUGCCUUGCACAUUGUCCCCACUCCACUACCAACAGUUGUCUAAUCUAACCUCAUUAUUAAUGAGAUAAAAAUGUGCCUUCUGAAUAUCAAUAUUAUUAAUCAGAUUUAUACUUUGUUUUGACUUGUAAACUAUUUAAUUAGGUUACUAACCUAAAGUUUGUUAUACAUUAAAAAAACUUCCUUGUUAAUGUAAACCUAUUUACAAUUUACACAGCACGUAUUAAUGGAUGUUUGAGUUGAUUUGUUCACAACUAAUAUACAUCGAUCUGUAUAUUACUGCUGUUUAUUGCAAAACAUUUCAACACAGUAAAUUCACACGAACAUUUAUUACUCAAUAGAUUGGCUCUUUAUGCAUAGAAUCUGUGGAUAACAAGAGCUACUCAUCAGUACAUAGUAGAUAGGGUUUCUUCUUAAAGUAGUAUGUUUAAAUAUUGUUAUGUAAAUAGUGUACUAUAAAUAAAUAUUGUUUUUGUGAUAAUGUUAUAAUAAUUGUUAUUAGACUUGUUAAUGCUGGAUAAGGCUAUGUAAUGGUAGAUUUAGACGGUACUCUGCAGUUUAACUAUACCAGGCAGUAACUAAACUAACUAUGUAACAUUUUCUUACUUAAUGCAUUUUUCAGUGUUGGAAUAAGUUAACAUCAGAUAUUUGAUCAUAAUGUCACCGAGUUCUUGAUUAAUAAAGCAUGUAAGUUUGAAGAAUCGCUCUGUAAUAAAACAUUAUUUCAAUAUACAAACUACUAAGUUGUUACUUCUCUAAGUAUUGACAUAUGCUCUAAUACAUUCUGCAGUUCAAAAAAUAUACUAUAAGUGUAUUUAUAUAAAAUAUCAAUAAUUUAACUAUUGAAAGUUGUCAACAACAUAUGUUAAAGUAUAUUUAUUGUGUACUUUAUUGUUUGUGUAAUAAUUUAUUGCAUUUAACAACACUAAAAACAAAUAUUUCCAUCCACAAUGUUUUUAAAAUAAUGUAUUGAAAUAAUUGUUUUUUCUCAUUUUUAAUUCUAAUGUAUGUAAACUAUGACUUGUUUUAUUAAACUAGAUAAUGUUUCUUAUCUCAAUAAUAUACAUUUAAGACUGAGUAACAUAUAUUCUAAGAUAGUCAUACUAUACAGUAAUUGUACAUUCUAAACUUGUUAAGCAAUAUGGGUGUUGUAUUAAAUGCUAUUUCUGUAAGCGGUUUUGAUAUGUAUUUUACAGUAUAUUUUGAUAAGUAUGUGUUGUAUAUAUUGUUUGUAUAGCAUUGAAGAGAGUGCAAAUUGAGUUCCUUUUUUUAAGAUUAAAGUAGUUUUUAAAUUUGUGAUGAUUAUUGAUAAUGUAAAUAGAUAAUGCACACUACUUUCAUAUUUAGUAACUAGCCAGAUUCUUAUUAUUCCAUACAAUAAAGUGAUUGUUGAAAUUGUUAUUAAGUGCACUUAAUAGCAUUAAUUAAAUGUUUAAUUUGUAAAUAGAUUAGAUUAUACAUAAUACCUAAAACGAUCCUUAGUUGUGAAUAAUUUUAAGAAUACUGUCAACUACUUAUUUUUAAGAAUAUAGAAACUUUGGAUCUUUAAUAAAUAUUAUAUGUUAAGGAAGCGAUUAUUUUGUUUCACGAAAGAGUGAUUUUUAUUUGUUUGUUAUAUUAUAACCAUAGAUAUUUAAUACAAUGAGACAGUAGCCAUUACAUUACCAAUAAUAUUUUGAAUUUUUGAUUAUAUGAAGUUAAAUGAGUUUGUUUAAGGAAUAAUUUGAGUUAAGAAUACUUAAGUUUGAUUAAGAAUAUAUUCUAAUUUAGAUGUUUUUGAUUAGAGAAUAAAUAGUUUUUGUUUAUA